AGAGAGAGAGAGAGUACAGAGAAAGAGAGAAAGAGAGAGAGAGAAACAGAGAGAGAGAGAGAGAAACAGAGAGAAAGAGAGAGAGAGAGAAAGAGAGAGAGAGAGAGAGAGAGUACAGAGAGAGAGAGUACAGAGAAAGAGAGAGAGAGAGAAACAGAGAGAGAGAAACAGAGAGAGAGAGAGAUUCCACUGAGCAGAAAUCACCCAGGGGGGAAAAAAUCCAGAACACAUUCCUGAAAUCCCCGGAACUUUAUUUCUUUCCGGUUUUAAACAUGAUUUGCGGGUUUGUGCGCCUCUGUUUGUGAUCUGUGGAUAAAAUUCAGCGGCUUUUUAAGGAAGUUAAUCUGCUCUCACUGUCUCCUGUUUGCUUCCUCACUUUAACUUUUAACACUUUGACUUUUCCACUCGCGAACUUUGGCAGAAGCUAAUCAGGCUAAUUUACUCAAGGCGGCGGCGGCAGCGGCGGAAAGAAGGAAGCAUGUCGUCAGAAGAGGAGAGAUACAAGCUGGUUGUGGUGGGUGGAGGUGGUGUGGGCAAGAGCGCCCUCACUAUUCAGUUCAUCCAGUCGUACUUCGUGUCUGACUACGACCCGACCAUCGAGGACUCGUACACCAAAAUCUGCACCGUGGACGGGAAGGAGACCCGAUUAGACAUUCUGGACACAGCAGGUCAAGAAGAGUUUGGAGCGAUGAGAGAGCAGUACAUGCGUUCAGGAGAAGGCUUUCUGCUGGUGUUUGCUCUGAACGACAUUGGAAGCUACAACGAAAUCCAGAAGUUUCACACUCAGAUCCUGCGGGUAAAAGAUCGAGAUGAUUUCCCCAUGGUCCUCGUGGGCAACAAGUCCGAUCUGGAGCAUCAGAGAGUGGUUUCGAAAGAAGAGGCCAUGUCUUUUGCCAAAGAGAACCGGAUCCACUAUAUGGAGUCGUCAGCGAAGAACCGCUACAACGUGGACGAGGCUUUUCUGGAGGUGGUGCGAGCGAUAAGAAAGUUCCAGGAGACGGAAAGUCCUCCUCAGCUUGCGAAUCACUCCAGGAAGCAGAAGAGCGGCGGGUGUCCCUGCAGCAUCCUCUGAUCACCUUCACACACUGUCGCCACGGAGACUGAAGCCCCCCCUCGUCCUCCACACGUCUGGUGCCUUGUGUGUGUGUGUGUGUGUGUGUGUGUGUCUGCUUUUUGUCAGUCAGGAGUGUGUGAUCCUGUUCAUGAUGGAGCAAAGGUGUUUAAACGUGUUUAUUUUUUCAUCCUGCACUUUUUUUACAUUAAGUACAUUUUAAAGUAUAUCUUUUCGAUUUUAUAUGUUUAGUUUAUAGGUUUGAGCAUUUCAGAGUGUGUGUGCAGCAGUGUAGCGAGCAGCGAUGGACAGAGCCCUACAUAUACAGUAUAGUGUGUGUGUGUGUGUGUGUGUAAAAUAUACACACACACACACACUGUGUGUGAUUAAGCUGCUAGAGCUGCUUCAUUAUUCACUGUAAAUAUCAUCAGGAGGGAGAACUUUAGUGUUUCUCACUCUAAUGUCUCUCAUGAGUGUGUGUGCGAGUGUGCGUGAGUGUGUGCGAGUGUGCGUGAGUGUGCGUGAGUGUGCGUGAGUGUGUGUGUGUGUGUGCGAGUGUGUGCGUGCGAGUGUGUGCGAGUGUGUGCGCGUGUGUGUGUUGAUUACAGAUCAGAAUUUAAUCUCGUUCUUUGACUGCACUGAAUAAAGAACAGAAAUCCUGCUUCCUCCAAAUUCACUAAUAACAGAAAUGUAAACGCGGCUGUUGGACUGGAUGAAGGUUAAACUCGCGCGACUCUAACAGUGAAACUCGAACCUGCAGCCGCUCCACAGGAACAGUGUCGGUGUUCACAUCCGACUCACCUGAGAGAAAAUCUCCCCCAGUCUGUUCUUCUGGACUUUUAUCUUUAAUCUGUAACUUUCACACGCUGCAGUAAUUCAGUAAAAAGUAGUUCCGGUUCCUUUCCACUUUCCUGAAGGGUUUGUGGAAUCCCUACGCCAUCAGAGACGCACAACUCCACCUUCUUCCCUCUGAGAAAGCAGCGCCGUCUCUGAAAGCAGCGAUUCGACACGUUUACAGCUUCAUUUAUACACAAACUCCUUCAGCUGAACAUCUCAUCACAGUGUUUAAUUUAAAAAUAAACGUUUAAUGACUGACUUCAGCUGCAGAACGUAGACUUGUGUUCUCUGUGAGUUUGGAGUAAACUGGUUUUCUGUUCUUUUCUCACUGCAGGGAUGCGAGCUUAUAUCUCACACACACACACACACACACACACACACACAGCGGAGAGAGAUCAGAGUGAAACACACUAGUUUACCUUUAAUCAGUUGUAGUUUAAGGGAACGGUGUAAAACUCUCUCUGGUGUGAGGAAGUGAACAGACUUUGUGUUUUUCCUGCUUUUCAUACAUCGUUAGCGAAUCAUCCGCCGCCUCACCAGGACAAUCAGUGUGCACCACGCUAAUCAAACUUCCUUUACACGUUAGCUACAGAUCGCGAAUAAAGAAAUAAACGUCACACACCGAACACGUCUCGUCCUGCGUUCACGCGAGAGAGCUGCAGGCGAUCGUUUUAUUUUCUACGUGUAAACGAUUUCUACAUGGAGCUGCGAUUUCAGUGACGUUUUCCGUAAAUCAGGUUAAAGAAGCGACUAAUCGAAAUGGUUGUCUCGAGUGAUUCCUCGGAUCAAUCCUAUAACGUCCGCAGUCUGACGUUUCUUCAGUUCCCUUUUCAGUAGCCGCAGUUACUUCCCACUCACUGAAUAAAGGAAGAAAAACUUAUACGCGUGGUUUCUUCUUAUCCUGUCGUAUAAAAUGUGGAGGAAGAGAAAUAAAGCUUGGAAGGAAGUAGCGUAGAUCGCUGGUGAGUGUACGUAGCUAGUACAGUUAGCUCGCUUUGCUAAUCUAAUCGGAGAACGAAGCGAGUGUAUAACACGUCAAUCACACAACUGAUUCGAUUUUCGCACUGAUUAGUGUGUUGUGUGUUUAAGAUAGCUGUAGACAGGCCACGCCCACAAGCGACACGACACACUCGUCACCUGCGAGCGUGAACGUAAAGUGAUGGACUGAGAAGAAAAUUUAACUAUUUAAAGUUAAACCCCUGUCUCCUGUUUCUUUAUUAUUAUUUUUUUAACUUGACACAUAAGAGUAUUCAUGCUAAUCAGGUGUUUACACCAAGGGAGUGUUUAAAAGCAGUAUUUACAUAUAAAACAGCGCUGAUGAGAAAAUCCUGCAGUGUUUCCUCCGAAUUAAACGCCGCUUCAGUUAACCUGGAACGAAUUGUGUUUUUGUUCACGUGCCUGUUGAUGAUGAUGGAAGGUAAAAGAAAGGGAUGAGAUGAAGCGGUAGUGUUUGCGUGAACGGCUCCAGUGACGGUAAAGUUUUAAUAUAAACGUUAACCAAAGAUUGCGCAGUUCAGCGAUUAACCGUUUGCACACCUUUCAUUAAGCAAGAGUAGUUUAACACUAAACCAGUUUGUAUGUAUUUUUGUACUGUAACGCAGGGGGUGGGGUUGUGUGUGUGUGUGUGUGUGUGUGUGUGUGUGUGUGUGUGUGUAAGGUACUCCUUUAAUGAAUUUGCAGAAGCCUUUGCUGUUUGUUUGAUGUGCUUUUAAGAGAAACUGCUGCCUGCUGCUGCACUGCUCUUUCCCCACCAGAGGGCGCUGUACACACACAUCCCACCACAGACACACCUUCACACUCCACAUCUAGCAGCAGAUUCAGUCUGAAGCUCAGAGAAGAGUGUGUGUGUGUGUGUGUGUGUGUGUGUGUGUGUGCGCGUUUAAUGGGAAGUGAUAUUAAUGUUCCGUACAGCACAGGUCUCAUUAUUUCAAUCAUUUAAAGUCAAACUCUUCAUCAGUGGCUUCUAUUACGGAAAACGUUCACAUUUUAUUUUAUACUGAAAAACUCGAUUUAAAAACUUCUUUUGUACACAAUUAAAGUAGUAUUUACGUAAAAA